AUGAAGGGGUUCAGAAACCUCGCUCUUGCGGGAGCAGCCGCCACGGCGGUUCUCGCACAGGAAUGUGCCAACGUCCUCACACCCAGCUAUAACGCCCCUCAGGUCGCCCCGGGCUGGCAAGCACAGCUCGUGGCAACGGGCUACAAGAAGCCGCGCACGAUUCACGUCGAUAGCAAGGGCGCGCUGCUCGUGCUCGACGCCGCCGUCGGCGUCUUCCGCGUGACGUUCGAGGACAAUGGCGGAACUUGUCUCACGGUCAUGGAGAGCAAAAUCCUGGUCAACAACACCCGUCUGACCCAUGGCAUGGCACUCUCUGAGGACGGCAAGACUCUGUACGCCUCCUCGGUGGACCAGGUCCUCGCCUGGGCCUACGACGCAGAGACGGGCACCGUCAACGCCGAGCCCGCCGUGGUCAUUGAUAACAUGGCCAAUAACGACCAGACUACCCGCACGUUGGUCAUGUCCAAGGCCUCCCGCGACUGGCUGGUCGUCUCCCGCGGCGUCGACGAGAACUUUGACAUUGACGCCCUCGAUGCGUCCACCGGUCAUGCCCAGGUCAAGGCUUUCGACCUAAGCAAGUCCCGCAACGACCCUUUCGACUUCAAUACAGACGGCAAGCUCCUCGGCUGGGGCAUCCGCAACGCCGUGGCCGUCGCCGAGGACCCCGUCACCGGCAACGUCUGGGUCAUGGAUAACUCCAUCGACGACAUGACGCGCAAUGGCGUCGAUAUCCACGACAACAAUCCCGGCGAUGAGCUGAACCUUCUCGGUGCCGUUGCCGACGAGACCGAGCCGGGCAACUUCGGCUACCCGCGGUGUUUCGCCGUCUGGGACACCAGCAUCCCACUCAACCACUCGCUCAAGGUCGGCGACCAGUUCUCCAUGGAGCAGAACAGCACCAUGAACGACACCCGCUGUCACAUCGAAUACGUCGCGCCGCGUUUGACCUUCCAGUCGCACACCUCCCCAGUCUUUCUCAAGUUCAGCAACGAUGGCUCGCAAGCCUUUAUGUCGUUCCGCGGCAGCUUCAACCGCCCCGACCCCGUCGGCUACGCCCUGACGGCCGUCGAGUUCUCCAACGGCGAGCCCGUCGCCCGCAGCGACUCGACCGACGCCCUAAAGAGCAUAAUGUUCAAUAAGGACCUAAGCGCGUGCCCCGGCCAGUGCUUCCGCCCCGUCGGCCUGGCGUGGGACGCCCAGAACCGCCUGUUCAUGACAUCCGACUCGACCGGCGAGAUCUACGUCCUGCUCCAGAACGACACCAUGCCCACAUCGACAACCCCUGGUACCAUCGUCACCGGCACCGCCAAGCCUGGCGUCGCCAACGGUCUUGCCCCUUCGCUUGAAAUUGGCCUCGCUGCAUUUGCUGGUGCAUGGUUGUUGACUUUCUAA